AAGGGCCGGCCGGUGUAGUCGCUUUCGGUUCCGGCUCUUCCCGGCCCUGCAUCCGUAGGUUGGGACCGCCGGAGGAGUAGGUAGCUCCGGAAGCCACUGUCCGCAGAGACGCUCCAGGCUCUGCACCUGCGUCCCGGCAGUGGGAGACAGGACGCUUUCUGCAAGAGAAUUUGCGGUUCUGCUGAGUGCCGGGACUCUGCCUGCUUUGAUUUAUUUCUUACUGUUGCAGCUGGCAAGUGACUGUAGGAGGUGAUGCGAGCAAAGAGAAAGUGCACAUCUCCUCUCUCCAAACCUGAACUUUCUUCAUCUUUAAAUCAUUGCUUGUGCCGGGAUAGGCACAGGUGCAGUCAACUGUUUGAUGAGCGCCUGCUGUGCGCCAAGUACGCUUCUAAGCUCUGGGAGACAAUGGAGCAGACUAACGGUCUGCAUAGUUUACAUAAUUAUAGUGAACAUCAUUCACAAUACUUCUGAUUACCACCCAAAAGUUUUGCGGUUUUUGAAUGUGGCCUUUGAUGGUUCAGGCGAUUGCUUAAUUGCUGGGGACCAUCAAGGAAAUAUCUAUACUUUUGAGUUGCCUGGAAACAGGUUUAAUCUUGUUCAGCGAACAGCACAAGCUUGCACAGCUCUGGCCUUUAGUCUUCGUAGGAAGUCUGAGUUCCUUGUGGCAUUAGCUGAUUAUUCUGUUAAAUGUUUUGAUACAGUCACCAAGGAGCUAGUGAGCUGGAUGCGAGGACAUGAGUCAUCAGUGAGUUCAAUCUCUGUGCACGCAUCUGGGAGAUAUGCUAUCACUACUUCUUCUGACACAGCACAGCUCUGGGACUUGGAUACCUUCCAGAGAAAAAGAAAGCUGAAUAUUCGCCAGUCUGUGGGGAUACAGAAGGUUUUCUUCCUUCCUUUAAGUAAUACCAUCCUCAGCUGUUUUAAAGAUAAUUCCAUCUUUGCCUGGGAAUGUGAUACUCUUUUUUGCAAAUAUCAGUUACCGGCUCCACCUGAAAGCUCUAGUGUGUCAUACAAAGUGUUUGCUGUGACCAGAGAUGGCCGAAUCCUGGCUGCUGGAGGCAAGUCAAAUCAUCUGCAUUUGUGGUGCUUAGAAGCCACACAGCUCUUCAGAAUCAUCCAGAUGCCUACUAAAGUGCGAGCUGUUCGCCACCUGGAAUUUCUUCCUGAUAGCUUUGAUGCUGGCUCUAAUCAGGUUCUUGGAGUGCUAAGUCAAGAUGGUAUUAUGAGAUUUGUCAAUAUACAGACUUGUAAACUUCUCUUUGAAAUUGGGAGUCUUGAUGAAGGAAUCAGCUCAUCAGUAAUCAGCCCACAUGGUCGGUACAUUGCAUCUGUUAUGGAAAAUGGAAGUCUGAACAUAUAUUCAGUUCAGGCUUUAAUGCAGGAAAUAAAUAAGCCACCUCCUCCUUUGGUUAAAGUGAUUGAAGAUUUGCCUAAGAAUACACUGAAUUCCAAUGAUCUUAAGAUGAAAAUGAUGUCAGGAAGAAUACAGCGGCCAGCAAAAUCUAGAGAGAGCAAAAUUCAAACUAGAAUACUUAAACAAGACCUGACUGGUAACUUAGAAAAUAAAGAGAAUGAAUUGUCAGAGGGAUUAAACAAAAAACGUUUACAAAUCUUAUUAAAAAGUUAUGGGGAAUAUCCAACAAAAUACAGAAUGUUUAUUUGGCGCUCUUUGCUACAACUACCUGAAAAUCAUACUGCAUUUAGCAGCCUAGUGGAUAAGGGGACUCAUGUGGCGCAUCUCAGCCUUCAGAAGAAAUACCCCAUCAAAAGUAGGAAACUCCUGAGAGUGUUACAGAGGACCCUCUCCGCAUUAGCUCACUGGUCUUCAGUCUUAAGUGACACACCAUAUCUUCCACUCCUGGCAUUUCCGUUUGUGAAAUUAUUCCAGAACAACCAACUCAUCUGUUUUGAGGUUGUUGCUACUCUCAUAAUCAAUUGGUGUCAACAUUGGUUUGAGUACUUUCCUAACCCACCCAUCAAUAUUCUUAGCAUGAUAGAAAAUGUUUUGGCAUUUCAUGACAAGGAGCUACUGCAGCACUUUAUAGAUCGUGAUGUAACUUCUCAGCUUUAUGCAUGGCCUCUUCUUGAAACUGUGUUCUCCGAAGUACUGACGAGAGAGGAGUGGCUCAGAUUGUUUGAUAAUGUCUUCUCCAACCACCCUUCUUUCCUCCUGAUGACUGUGGUAGCCUAUAAUACAUGCUGUAGAGCACCUCUGCUCAACUGUACUCUUAAGGAUGAUUUUGAGUAUUUUUUUCACCAUCGGAAUAACCUGGACAUAAAUGUUGUGAUUAGAGAAGCGUAUCGUCUCAUGGAGACCACACCUGCUAGUAUUCACCCAAGUAGCGUACUGGAUGCUUUCGUUGCACUGACAAAGGGGCAAUAUCCGGUAUUUAAUCAAUAUCCAAAGUUUAUUGUGGACUAUCAGACACAGGAACGAGAAAGAAGGAAUGAUGAAUUGGAUUUCUUGAGAGAGAGGCAGACAGUUGAAAACAUGCAAGCUGAAGUCGAGCAGCGAGCAGAGGACGAGGCCUGGUACAAGAGACAGGAGCUGCUUCGCAGAGCUGAGGAGACGAGAAGAGAAAUGCUCUUGCAAGAGGAGAAGAUGCUGCAGCAGAAACAGAGGCUGGCUGCUGUGAAGAGAGAGCUGAAAAUAAAGGAGAUAAACUUACAGGAUGCUUCUAGAAGGCACCUUCUGAAGCUUCAGCAGGACCGGCGGGAAAUGGAACUACGCAGGCUGGAGGAUGAAAUUGAGAGAAAGGAUCUUACUAGAAAUCAAGAAGCUGUUACAAAAGAAAUACGAGAAGAUGCAGAUGCCCAUAGACGAAAAGUGGCUCUUGAAGAGCAUGUGUUUCAGAAGCUGCUAGAAACUAGCCAGACCCAGAGCACAGAGACUCAGAAGGUAAUUAAGGAAAAUUUGGCAAAAGCUGAGCAAGCCUGCCUAAAUGCCGACUGGCAGAUUCAGGCUUUACAUAAACAAAAGUGUGAUGAUCGACAGCGCAGUGAGGGUUACCAAGAAGCAGCCAGUCUCCUCCGGAAGAACAGAAGGAAGGAGAUUGAAGUAUUGAAUUCAGUGGUGCAGGAGGAAGCCAAGAAGUGGAAGGAAGCUGAAGAAAAAGAAUUUCAUCUGCAAUCAGAAAAGAAAGCUGCUGCACUUUCAGAUGCAUCUAGAAAGUGGUUUUUGCAGCAGGAAAUAAGUGCAGCUUUAGAACAUGCUGGAAACCCACUGCAUGAAGCAGUGCCCUGGCUCCAGAAAAAACAGGUAGCCUCAAGCUGUUUGCCCCAAACCUCACCAUUAAGUGAGGGUUCUGAAAUGGAUCCCUCAGCACAGAUGUUUUUAAAUAGAAAAACAACAGGAUGGGGCAGCAUGGAACAGGAUCUUCUCAAGAAAGUGAGGAAUCUUCGGCAGAGACUCACAGCUCAAGCUCAAAACAGAUGUCAGACCCCUCAUCUUUUGACGACAUAGAAGACCUGUCACCUUGAGACAGUCACAGAAACAAACCUUUAUGCAAUCAACGGCACUGAUUUUUUCAAUUAUUUAUUGUAAAUUUUUAUAAAGAUCAGCCUUUUGUGUAGAAAAAUAUGCCCAUAAAUUAUGUCUUCUAUUUUUAUGUUUCUAUUUUAUGUUUUCUACUUUUAAUGCUUUUGGCUUACACGUGGCUUCUUGAACUUUUCACAGUAAAAGUUUUUGGAAACUGUUGCAGAUGUGUGGGGCUCUCUGGUUAGAAUGAGCAGCAUGGACUUCAGUAACUUCAGUUGGUGAGGGAUAGGGUUUAUUUUAAAGAUAAAUGGAGAAA